AUGGAAGAUGAUUCACAUUCACAUAUUUUUGAUCGAAUGUUUAAUACUGUAAACGGAGGUGUUAAAUGGACUGUACAAAAAAUAGAAUCAGCGUGUCCUUGGAGAAGAAAAAAGUCUGAAAGCCAAUUAAUUAUACCCGAAAAAGAAAGCGAUAUUAAACCCGAUUAUCGUUCAGCUCCACAAACCGAUGAAAGUACCGAUUUAAAAGACCAAGACAAAUCUAAAAAUUCAGAUGAAAAGUUAUGGGAGUACAAAGCACCUAGUGAAAUGACAUCUUGUUGUUUCAUUAAAAUGCAGUUUGAUCAUCUUAUUUUACAACAGGAUCCUUGCGCACCUUGUUGUUGCGAACCGAAACCUGCUCCUUGUCCACCUUAUCACGAAGAACCUCGAGAACCUACUUGUGGUUGUGAUCUAUGUAAAAAGGGAUAUCCUAACGAUAAAUGUUGCGAUCACAGAGAACAAUUUCGAAGGGGUACCUUUCCACCGAGACAUUUUGAAAAGGCUUGAUAG